CGAGCGUACAAACCUUAAACUUCUUCCUUUUCCCCAGUUUCCAUCUAUUAUCAUGAAUGGCUUCAUCAAUCUCACACUGUAAACCCUAGAAAAAUCUCCUUUCGGCAAGGCCAAAAUUCUCCUCUUAUUUUCUCUUUCUGAGAAUCGAUUGUCCGAUCAAUUCUCCGGUGAAUAUCCCCAUGGAUUCAUGUCCGAAGACUGCUGGAGCAGUUACUCCUUCUAAAGAAAAAACCACCAGAUCGAAGGCAAAUGAAACCCUACGAUACUCCGAGAAUGUCAAUCCGAAUGUGUCAAGUCCUGCAUUGAAGUCCUCCAACUCUCCUUUCAGCAUCAAGUCCGAGAAGAGCGCCAAAAAAUCACUUUACAAAAACCCUAACCCUAACCAAGUGGCUUUGGCCACUCCUUCCCCGAAGAAGAAGAUUCGAGAGAGGAAGUUCGUGAUUGCGAAGAAGAAACUGCGGAAUGAGGAACGGAAUUCUUCGGCUCCUGCUGAUGUGGUCUGUGAGAAAUGCAAGAAGGCGACUGGGAAAUCCAAGUGUUUGUGUGUGGCCUAUGAGACUCUGCGUGCUUCUCAGGAGGAGUUUUUCAAGAAUCGGACUGAAAUAGAUGAUGAGAUUUCCGAUAAGUUGAAGGAGUUUGAUAUAGCUGAGAAGGAAGCGGUUAAACCAGAGACUGACAAAGGAUUUGAUGGGAAAAUGGAGGGAAAUGAUGUCUCAUCUAAAACUAAUUGGGAAAGUAAGAAUGAUGGAGAUGAGGUUGUGGUGAAUGAUAUGGGAGCGAAGAGGACUAGAAAUAGGCUGUUGGAAGAAGCAAGAGAGACUGUGACUCCUGGAUCUGGGAGGGUUAUGCAUUUGGUGAAGGAAUUUGAAAAACUUUCAAUGCUCAAAUUGGGUGAUUCUGAGGAAAAGGAGGAGUUGAAGGACGAUAAGAAUGGCGUGAAAUGGGCACUGCCUGGAUCGCAGGAACCUCCCAAGUUUUCAGAAACGGGGGCUUCUUCUUCUUCGUUCUGUCCAUCAGAUUUUUUCCUGACAUCAGAGAGCUUAGGCCUUGAUUGUCAUCGUUCUUAUUCAUUAGACAGCAGCCAGGGAAGCUUCAGCAUUUCAAUGAGAUCUUCCGCCAGCGGUCAAAAAAUCAGGCGAAAUAGCACUGAAUCAUCAAACCGUGCUAGAAGAUACUGGAAGAAAAAGCAACUGAAAGUAACAUCUCAAAAGCCUUUCACGCUUAGAACAGAGGUAAGAGGAAGGAUCAAGGAGGAGGAAUUCAUGAAGAAAUUGCAACAGAUGGUUGAGGAAGAGGAGAAGUUGAGGAUACCUAUAGCUCAAGGUCUUCCUUGGACUACAGAUGAACCAGAGUGUUUGGUGAAGCCUCCGGUUAAAGAAAGCACAAGGCCUGUUGAUCUGGUUUUGCACAGUGAUAUGAGGGCUGUGGAUCGCUCUGAAUUUGAUCAUCAGGUUGCUGUGAAAAUGGACCUUAUUGAACAGUACCGGAUGGAAAGGGAGAGGCUGCAGAAGCUGGAAGAGGAAGAAGAAAUCAGAAGACUUAGGAAGGAGCUAGUUCCAAAAGCUCAACCCAUGCCAUAUUUCGACAGACCCUUCAUUCCCAGAAGGUCUACGAAGCACCCAACUAUACCAAAAGAACCAAAAUUCCAUGUACCUCAAAACAAGAAGAUCAAGUGUUACUUGUCACUGGACGACUUAUACGCGCAACAGCACUGAACACUAAAGGAUGGUGGGAUUGAUAUUCCACUGGCAUCCUAUUUUUCAGAAACAAAAUCUUUACUAUCUGUAUAUCUUGCAAUAAUCUGUGAGAGACUCGCAAUUUUGGAAUACAUAAAAUGUGGUCUACUGGCACAAUGGCGUGCCUUAAAUGAAUA